AUGAAUUUGAUAAUUGUGGUUUUAUUAGCAGUGGCAUAUUGCUAUCCCUUAGUUGUCACUAAUACUGACUUAAGCUCUUCUGAUUUAUUCAUCAAUUAAAUAGAUCUGAUGAGUAAAAUAAGAUAGCAAGUAUGUAAAAAUAUGAUUUUAGCAGGAAAACAAAAGAGUAAUCAUAAUAAAUAUUCAAACAUCUCAUUAAGAUAAUGAAAUAUUUUAAAACAAAUUACUCAAAAAGAUAGAAAAUUUGAAGAGUUUUAAAAAAUUGCUAAAGUCUAAAUCCACUUUUGUUUCCCCAUUUGUUGAUUAUUCUCCUAUCUAGUUUAUUUAAGGACUUUAAAAGGAUCAAGUAAUAUACCUUAUUUAUUUAAGUUUGAAGUGUAAAAUAUCCCCAUGAACUUUUAAAAUUUGAAGGCACUAGAAAAAUUUGCACAACAAUAAGAUGCAAUAUUGAUUGUGCUAUUUUCAAAAAUAUCUUCGAAUGUGAAGGUAUUAGAAGAAAUAUCUGAAACUUAGGAAGUAGUUAUUGAUAUAAUAAUAUUCUAGCCCUCAGAUUAAAUAAUAGCUGUCGAGUUAGCUGAUGAGAACUAACCAUCUACAAAUACAGUACAAAGAAUUAUCAUAUAUUUAGAUAUACACAGUCACUUCUAAUUAAUUAACAGGAUACAUUGUCUUCUUUGUUUCAAUGUUUGCCUUGUGGAUAGCUGUCCAAUGUAAUGGAGCAAUUUAAACUCCAGAAAGAUUUUCAAAAUAAAAUUAUUAUAUUGGAAAAGAAAGUUGAU